GAAUCAAGACGCUGAUUCAUCGAACCAACAGCUGAAUGAAGACGUGAGUUAGACGACAUCAUUUGGUUCUAAAGAAUGGUCAUCUGGUUUGCCAGGGACUCGAGCAGAUCUGGUUCUGUCCGCGGCGGGUCAAGAUCCAUCAGUGCAGGAGCCGGCAUGUUCAGGUGCGUCCGCGAUGGUGGGAAAUGAGAUCGAUAGAAUAAGAAUAGCGCGUCCGCGACGAGGCAACUAUGAUACGGAACAUGGGGGCAAAAGUCUUCGUCACCGCCGGGGUCCCCUGAAUCCGUCGAGGGGAAGUGUAUUUUAUUAGCGUUCUGCAUUCCCUUCGACCCCUUAUCAGGGUUGUACCAAACUUCAUCCACACCGAAAUUCCACACCGAAAUUGAAGCCGAAUUCGAAAUGGCAAUGUUUCAGAGCGCAGGUUCGGCUGGAUGCGCAAAGUACUUCCCGACCAAUCUACCACAACCCAACGGCACAAUGGUUACGGUCCACCGCAGAGAAUCCACUAUUGCAGAGAGAGUACAGGCUUUGACCCUAUAUGCGAAUGGCGUCAAGUUUCCAACAAUCGAGGCCCUCACAGGGCUCAAAAGAACCACAUUCAAUAGACCACAUUCAAUAGCCUAUUAACGAAGGCGAAGAAAAGAGGGUAUAUUGUGGGCGGUAAGAUUGAAGACUGUCAUGUUACGAGUGGUUCUCGAAGUGGCCGGCCGCCCGUAAUAGGGGACUUGGAAAACCAGACCAUUGAAGAGGUGGUUACUAAGGAUUUCAAAUCGCGUUCACGCUCAAGUUACGAAUUGGCUGACCGAGUUGCCGAAAAAAUAGAGGGCAUCUCCGGGGCUAAGGUUCCAAGCCGGCGAACGAUACUACGG